UACCGUCUCCGCAAUAAAACCUUUAUUUUGAAGGAGGAAGCGGAUGUUUGUCUUCCCCCUCCUUGCUGGCUUGACCCGCUUGUACCUCCGGAGUUUCGCAAACACGCAAUAUUGACUCGCCGUUAUCUGCGGAGGGGAUCUGACUUCGCUUCAACUAUGUUGCUUUGGUUGGAAUUCAGCAGCUGCUGCAAAGAGAGCCCAGGCGCAGGCAAAGUGUGCCGUCAGAGCGACUCACGCCGUCAACACAAACCGACAAUCUGAGCUUAAAAUCGGAUAACCUGUAAUAAUUUCCCUGUGCCCGUCGUUUGAUGCUGAACACGCUUUGUCCCAUGGGUUUUUGGAUGAUCCCCCACAGCCAGGUCCACGUCUUGAGAUGAUCUAUUUUUGUGAUGGCGAAGGGUCUGUUUCCACGGGCCUGGGUGAAAAAGUCUUUCUACUUUCAGGCUCGGAUCUCCUUUGUGCGGGUGAACUACCUGUUCCUGACAUGGCUGACUGUGCUGGUGGGGAGCUGGGUGUUCUAUGUGCAAUACUCCGCCUACACAGAGCUGUGCAGAGGACACGAGUGCAAGAAUGCCAUUUGUGAUAAAUACAGGAGGGGGAUCAUCGAUGGGUCUGCUUGCAGUAGUCUGUGCGACAAGGAAACACUGUACAUGGGCAGGUGUCUGUCAACACUGCCAAACAACCAGGUAUACACAGGAAGCUGGGGAGACCACGAUGGGAUCAUCCACUGUAAGCUGGGGGAGGUUGUGCACUAUGAGCUGGGUGAAGAACCAGAGCCACGGAGGGAAACCCCAGUGUUUGACAAGCCUACGAGAGGCACCUCAGUGGAGAAGUUUAAAGAGAUGGUCUUUAAUCACCUCAAGUCCAAGCUUGGAGAACACGCGAACCUUGCUAGCCUCGUCAGCCAAAUCCUCUCUGUCGCCGAUGGCAACAGGGAUGGACGGGUGUCACUGCCAGAAGCCCGUUCUACUUGGGCCCUCCUGCAAAUGGAUGAGGUGCUGCUGGGUCUGCUGCUCCAGGACAGAGGACACACUCCUCGUCUCAUCGGCUACUGCGGGGAUCUCUACAUGACGGAGCGUGUUCCCUAUGGACCCCUGUACGGUUUAUCUCUGCCUUGGCCUCUGGUUUCUUGGGUUCCUAGUGGUUUGCAGCGCUCCAUGGACCAGUGGUUCACCCCCUCCUGGCCUCGCAAAGCUAAGAUCUCCAUGGGCCUGCUGGAGCUCGUGGAGGACAUCUUUCACGGCACCUACGGGAGCUUUCUGAUCUGCGACCUCGCUGCGGCACACUUUGGUUACACUGACCGCCAUGAGCUCCGUCUCACUAACACCCAAGCAGUGGUUUCCGAGGAGGAGUUCAGGCGCACCAUGCGAGCACUGAAGUGCGAAACAGAUGCCGACUGCAUUUACGGGGCAGACUGCCACACAUCCUGCGAUUUGUCAGAGAGGCGAUGCAGGGAGGAGCCAUUCAGGCCAAACUUGGCGAAGGCUUGCGAAGCGCUGAAGGACUACCUCCUGCGGGGGGCGCCGUCAGAGAUGAGAGAGGAGCUCGAGAGGCAGCUGUACGCCUGCAUGGCUCUCAAAGGUAAUGCUGGACAGAUGAACAUGGAGCACUCACUUAUCCUCAACAACCUGAAAGCCCUGCUGUGGAAACAGAUCUCGCACACCAAGGACUCAUGACAAGGAGGGGAAGUCCCUCUGAAGGAGGAAAUGGGUAUAAAAUAGGCUGUGAUGUAAGAGUAGCAAACUUACUAAAGUCAUUGUUAACUAACACUUAGGAACGGUCACACAUAUGGAUGAAGCUGGAGGCCGGAAAAAUUUAUUUUAAAUGAUUAAAUGACUGCAUGUUACCGUCAGUCACGCUCAUAGAAACACACAUUGUGUAUUGUAUUGUUCACUACAGUGGAAUGUCAUGAUAGCACUGCUGGAAAAAAAAAUACUUGUAGUUUUUACUGAAAGUCUCAAAAGCCGAGAGACUGAAUUGCUGUUUUUGCCACAAAAAAUCAUGCUGAUGAGUGCGCACUACGCUGGUAAAAUAAUGAUUGUGAAAUCAAUGAACAUCAAUACCACAAUUUCAUAUUAAAACCUAGAACUUGAGGGAGUUUAGGAUAAGGGUGGACUUUUAACAAAGGACUUAAACCGACCUAAAAACCCAAACUGUGCUGUAGUGUCUAAACAAGAGUUUUCACAUAUUACUACUCAUUCGGUGGACGAUCAGCACUUCUAGAAACAUAACUAAAUCUACACAGAAGCAAAAAUAAAUCAUAGUUCUUAUGUGCGUUAUCAUGAAAGAAUGUGUCACCAAGUGCAACAGUGCAUGCGUUUCAUACAAUUGUCAAAAAGUCGGGACUAUACACUGGAUGUCCUUCCUGACGCAAUCCUACAGGGAUUUGUGUCGAUCUUUCACUCGUUAGCCAAAUGUGCAAAGCAUUAUACUGUGGAGCUACUAAUUGCAGUAGAGGAGACCAGCGCAGAUGCUGUAAUUUUAUAUACCAGAUGUUUUAAAUGGGUGACAGGUCUUGAAUCCAUGCAGGUUAGUUCUAUGUAGCCAGCUGUUUAAAUGCACAUAGAAUGGAGUUUGGCGUCAUCUGAGAUAAGCAAGGCCUUUGUAGGGAAAACCUGGGAAUAAUGUUCAGCAUUAAUGGUGCCUUCACAGAUGUGCAGGUUACCCAUGCCAUUUGGAUUUAUACCCACAUACUAUCAUAAAUGCUGAUUUUACUUCUUUUUUUUAAAUAGUAUACUGAUAAGUAGUACUGUACGAUUCAGUACUACGUCAGUAAGCUGUUGAACAGAGAUUUCUCUAGAUUCCCUCCAACCUUUAAUGUUUGUCCUAAAGAAGCUAGUUUUGGAUUGAUGUGGAUUUUGGUCCUCCAAACACAAUCUAAAGGUUUAGCGAUACAUUCCAAGUCUUUACUUAGUGCUGGAUUUUUAAAAAUGUCACUCAUCUGCAUGAUAGACUGAGACAGUAUCCUGUAUGGCCGAUGUGAAGGUAUCCACAGAAGUCUGGCUGUCUUAUCAAUGUGCAUCUCCCAACUCUUACCCUUGUGAAGUCACUGCUGCAUCACUGACCCACCCAAAAAACUAUUAAUGUAUUUCAUUUGUGAAUGUUUGCCGUUUGUAUUUUCCAUUGAAAAAAGAGCAUUUGUGGUAACGUACGGCAUUAUUUAUGGAUUUUCACAUCACAGUGCCAUAGAGUUCAUGCUGGUCCUUUUUAUGAAUGUUUACAGUUUGUGCAGAAUAUAAAAUCUUGAGCUCAUGUGUCAUGCUGUGCAAAAGGUUUUCCAUGACUCGUCACAUGUUACUGAAAUGAACUUACUACACCUAGAUGUGUUAAGCCACUACAACGCAGAUCAGACUGCUGCUGAGUUUAGUAACUUUAAAAAAAAAUGUUUACUUAGAAAUGAAGAAAAAAACAACAACAGCAUGAUUUUGCACAAUUAAAAUGCAUACCACUGCACUGUU